CGAGCUGUCGACGUCGCUUGCGGAAUCGCGACAGAAAUGGCACGAGGCUUCCGCGGGUGUCUCCUCUCCCGAUCAUCGGGGAGGAAUGCACACCACCCGUCUAUGGCUCACCCACGGGAGACGGACAUCUUACGAGCCGAUAAUGACACAAUCACACCCACUUGUCAUUAUUUCUCACGCGAACGCGCGAGGAUUGUUCGCGAGCUUGUUUGCGCACGACAGUCGCGGACGUAUCUUCUAUUUCGUCUUCGUCGUCGUCGUCGUCGUCGUCGUCAUCCUCCUCCUCCUCCGCGGCCUUGCGGCACGCGUCCAACACAGAAGCACAGAAAACGCAGCGGACAGACACGCGAUUCUGCGUCGCCCUCCGCGGCGCGGCGCGGCGCGCGAUUCCGUGAAAUUCCAAACGCGAAAUUCUUUUAUCUGCCUGCGGCCAUCUCACGCGUUUCCACGAUCGCUCGGAACGACUUUCGUGAUACUGAAGACGCAGCUAACAGCAACGUAUAGACAACAAUUAGACAUGCCAGUUCUCUAAGCUCUGCGCGCUCCGAAAUCGCGUGCGCUAUUAAGGACGAGCAGGAUCUGCCAUUACGAGAGGAGAAAUUUCGCGCUCGCGCGUUUUCGCGAUCGCCGUAAAUGUCAACUCGGCCGUCGUGGCGACGCGGACGCUGACGAUCGCCGCCAGCAUGUCGCCGAAAGGAGCAAGGACCGGCGACGAAAAAAAUCCCGGAAGGAGAGAAGGAGAGAAAAAAGUCGGAGUUGGCGCGUAGCCCGGCGGGCGUGUGUUGCUUACGUCUAAUUCGCGCCGCAGUAACGAACUUGCUGAAUUCGCACGGCAACUUGCAAUUUAGCGACUUUCUCGGUGCGUCAUUACCAGUGAUCGUGCGUAGCUGGGAACACGCGCUUACUUGCAAUCUCGUGUCCGGGCAAAACGCGCUAUCGCUUCGUCUCGUCUCGUCUCGUUUCGUUUGUGCGCGUGGAAAGUACGAGUUGCAAUCCUGGGCCCUCCUCCCGCGUUACAAAGGACACUGGUCGAUGGCGAAGACUUUCGAGCGUCGUGCUGCGUCUUGACGAGAAGGAAUUCCUAUUAUGUGCAUCAUAUUAUGUGCAUAUGCAACGUUAAUAAUUGCACGCAUGGCGUAAGCCACUCGAUCGUUCAACCGGGUUAACGUUUCGGUCUUACGGAGGAGUCGGCACGACCGAGAAACUAGGACGAUUCGGCAGGAACAAGGCUUGUCCGUCAUCGCUGAAUACACAGUGUGCACUCUCGGGACUUGGAAAGAGACGGGUGUACACUGCGACACUUGAGACUCGCUGGAGAACAGGCGAGAGGAGACUUGGCGCAAGAUAGCGCAGCGGAAGACAAACCUCGAGUUCCCAACUCGCGCGAGUUCUUCACGGACAAAGUCGAGCAUUUCGUGAUGCCACCGCCGUGUCGUCGGCUUCGUUAGCGACGGGCCUUCGCAAUGGCCUCGAUCUUAGGAGACGGAACAGGCCCCGGUGGCCCGGGGCCUUCCAGAUGCCUCUUGCUGCUGCAGAGGUCUUUGGCGAUUCAGCUGACCAGGGGCCCGCCGUCUCACGUCACGAGUCCCGGUCAACGAGACGCUCCGAAGGAACAUCCAGCCGACGAGAUGUGGAUGUACGAUAAGGGUUACAAUCUGUUUCAGAGCUUCUUGGAAGCGAAUUCCAAGUGCUGGUGGAACGCGGCUCUGGUGGACGCGACUCGGCAGCUCAGGUACAAGGGCCACGUGUCACCGGGCGUGUUGAUGGUUAGCGGACCGCCCUGCGCCCUCGAGGUCUUGAGGGCGGCAUGGGCGCGAAACGUUUUACGACCACCCGCGGACCACUCGAUCACCUGUCUCGGCGAUAUAGAGGACUGCUUGGUCGCUCCGGUUUCCCAAGGCCAGUUCACGCCGCUGCCAGAAGCUCUGUGCUGGGCCAUUCUGGAGCUGACGUCGCAGAGGCAAGCUGCGACCUUGGAUACCCUGAGAUCAGCCCUGAGGAACGCCUUCCCAGCCAUGCAGAGACCCAGCCGCGAGCUCGUUUACGACGCGCUGGCGAAGCUCAUGCAAGAACGAAAGAUCUAUCACACGUCUCAGGGCUACUUUGUCGUAACGCCCGAGACCAAGAGGCUCAGACGCGACUCCGGUAGCUCCAGGCGGUGUUCCAGGGACGUGAAUGGGUCCAGGGGUCAGGGCAGCAUGCUGAUGAGUAACGACGAAGCGGUGGCUCUGGUGCACGGCGAGAUGCUCACUCUGAGGGACGGCGAUGUUACGCAUCAGGCUGUACAGACAAACCUGGCGGACGUUAUUUGCGGAGGAAAUCCCAACGACAAAGUCCUGUUCGCCAGGUGUCGGUCGAUGCCAGGCCGUCUCGAGAGGCGACACUCUCUGCGGCUUUGGGGAUCGGCCAGGCGUUUGCACAGAAGCGGAAGUUCGCGGUCUCUGCCACGAAGACCCGAAAGAAGCGACACGUCGUCCAGCGCGGAGUACGCCAGCACGGACAGCGCGCCUCACAGUCCAACUAGCUUUUCUGGGAUUUUUUCAGAGAAGAUAGGCCUGCUCUCCAGGCUCUUUCGGCGAAGCACACGGAGGAAGGGCGCACCGUUAAUGGGCACUUUCAGUGCUCAGUAUCCCCCCACCGAAUGGUUUAAUCCGCGCGUCGUGCAUUUGCAUAGCGUUGCCACGCAAACAAGGGCCGCCAGUCCUUCGAUGAUGGAGGGUUUAGACCAGUCGCAGGCCAGUUUCCAAGUGUGGGACGACUCGAGUUCCAUGCGAUCGGCCACUUUGCCGAGGCGACAUCGGCGUCAAGCCAGCGGUGAUUCCUCGAGCUUGUUGGCCAACUCGACGCCAAGGAGCUCCCGAAGGCAUCGGUCGCCGUGUUCUACCCUGCCGAGGUCCAAGUGCUCCAGCCUGAGCAGAUGUACAUCCAGAGCCUCCGUUCUGCCGCCCAGCACCACCAACCAGGAGACGUACCAAGCGCGUAAUCAAGUGCAAAACGACAAGAACUCGACAAACUCAUCGCCCAGCAGAAGCGGCGGCAGCUCUGGCUCGGUUAGAACGAUGAACGCGAGCCCGGGCAAGGCGACGACGUUAGGCAGACCCAACACGAGGCAGUCCAACUCCAGAAGGCCGAGUCACGACUUCAGCAACAGCGGCGCAAAGUCGGCCAACGGCUCUCCGCAACAUAAAGUAUUACAAAAGACCUCAUCGGGUCACUCGUCGCACUCCAGUGGCAAGUCCGUGUCCAGCAGCAAGUUGACUUGCUCGCCGCUGAAAACGGCCACGCUGUCGACAAAGUCGUCGCCGCUCAAAGUCGUUCAGCAAGGUUCGCUGACUCCUCUGCAAGAAGCGCAAAACUCGAUAACCCUGCAGGUGUCCACGAAUUUAAGUCCGGUGAGCCCGUCGCAGGAGCAACGUGCGAUACAGAACAGCGUGACGCUGGCUUCUAACACGACCAGCACCACGACAAUUUCCGGCUCGCCCGGUACAAAGAUCUACGUUCAGCAAAACAAUUCGCCGAUGAGAUCCGUGAUUACUUUCGAGAACGGCACGGUGAAGACGAAAAUCGCGGAGAAGGAAGUAAUCGACUGCAAGGAGAAGCAGGAGAGGGAGAUGGGCGAGAAGACUUACAAGACCCGAGUGGACGACGAGAAGCUCUUCAAGUCCAAGUUGGACGAGGAGAAGCUGAACAAACCGAUCAAGGCUGAACGGCCGUCGUCGCUUUACACCCCGAAAGAGCCGAAAGCAGGUCUGUUGCUGUCCGAGUCCGACAAGGAGAAUAAGCCGAAGGUCGAAGAGGAAGUGCCUAACAAGCUGAAACUGACAAACCGUCUGAACAAUAGCCAGGCUCACCUAAUCGACGGCUCCACCAACAAUGUCGACAAGAACGCGCUGGUACACGAGCACUCGGCCGCCGCGCUGUCCACCACGAAGAACACCAACGACGCGAUGAAUAACUCCCGCAAACUCAGCCUAUCGCUGUCCAAGGACGCGUUGAGCUACCGCAAUCUACUGCAUCCCGGCUCGAAGAACAACAUCGCGUCGAAUCCGCCGUCGCCCACCAAGUCUUACGACGGCUUCGGCGGCUCCUUCAACGACGUCUACAUCGAGAAUCUGGAGACGGCGAAACAGCAGCGAGCACCGCAGGGCUCCGAGCCCAAUCUGGAAAAGACCGUGAGCCGAGCCGACCUGCACUCCUACCCGAGCCUCAGCGACAUGCAGGUGCAAUUCACCAGCUUGGCAGCGCAGAAGAUCCUCAAAGGCUGCCCGAUCAACAGCGUCGACACCUUGGUGGAGGUGAAUAUGGCGGCCGCCGACAAGCCGAACAACUGCGACGUCACGGUUCACACGGACUUUGGCCUCGUUUAAGUCGUAUCCUCGCAAAUGCAUUCCGUCGAUCGUGCACCAUCCGUCGGAGGCUCGCAAGGACCUCUCGCAACUUUUUCCCGCCCCCCGGGCAUAUUGCGUCCAUGGAAAACAAUGUGCCUCGAGGCGAACACUAUCGAGUAAACGUCGCUAAUGCCUUGCUUCUCAUACGUCAAGAUCGGGAAAUAGGGAGCUAUUUUUCUGUCUUCCUUUCUUUCCCCCCUCUCUCUCUCUCUCUCUCUCUCUCUCUUUCUCUCUCUUUCUUUCUCUCUUUCUCUCUUUCUCCCUUCAGUGGGAAAGGCCACGGCUUGCGUAAGAAUGCUAAACGGAACACGCAGUUAACAGUUACCAGUGACCUGUCGCCUAUGUACAUCUCUUCCCUGCGUCUUUAACGAGCGUACGUGUUCCUGAACAGUCGCUGUGCCGAUCCCGUUUGUGUCAUUGGGACGAAUACGUUCGAAUAAGGACGAUCACGUAUGUGAAAGACAGCAACCAUGCGGCCUAAGUUUAAACUUGCUUGCCUUACCGAAAUUGCCUUAUUGAAAUAUCUCUCUCUCUCUCUGUCCGGAAAAGGAGAAAAGAAAUGAGAAAAAGAUCCUAUCACGAGAUAUUUUGUAUAUUCCAAAUUCUCCACUCGACUCUCUGUAACGCAAUCAACUACUCGGCUAACCAACCAACUACUCGAAUAAUAUGGAAUAGACACACGAUCUCAUUCCGUUCAGACGAUCUAUGCUCCGAAGUGCACUGAAAUGAUCAGGGAAGUAAAAGUAUGUUUCAGUUAAUUGUGAAGGCAAGCGGUUGAUGCCGUCCUGCAUUUUGUGACUUGAAAAAUAAUCGUAAAGAUAAAUUCGUAAGAUCGCGCCCUGCCGGCAACCCCUUUGCGAUUUCGAGGUCCGCGAGGCGAUAUGAAGUUUGUCGUCGUUUGUCGGUUUGCAAAUUUUCUGUUCGGAACAUUUCACGCGAAUCCAAGGGUCGCGGUGUUCUCGUAGUUGCAAUGUCGACGGUUUUGCAUCGCUUUACCGAGCUAAAGCGAUUUGUCAAAA